ACACCGGUGUGACAAUUCAUUUCUCUUUCACUCAUUUCAGUUUUAAAAAUGGCUCAAAAGACGUGGCAUACACUUACAAUAAUAACACUAAUAUUUACAAUUUUAUCAAUCGUCGGCGAGUCUACCUCGACCACAGCAGCACCAUGGUACGAGAACCUACCGGCAGUGACUAUGGACUACAAAGUGCACAUCGAUCCCGGCAAAGAGGAUUGCUAUUACCAAUACGUCCAGCCGGGUGCUACAUUUUACGCAAGCUACCAAGUGUUGAAAGGGGGUGAUGGGAUGUGUGGAUUUGCUGUACGACAUCCCAAUGGGCAGCUGGUACACCCCUACGAGUGGAGGCAAAGCGCUGAGUACGCAGACCAGACCAGUACAGGGGGAUAUUACGCAGUCUGCAUUGACAACCAGUUCUCUCGGUUUGCAUCCAAACUAGUCAACUUAUAUUUAUCUGUGAUCAGAUAUGAUAUGUGGGAGAAAUAUGCAAAGGAAGUGGAAGAACUUGAUAUGAAUAUUAAAAAUUUUACAAGUUCUAUUCAAUUUGUGGAGCGCAAUGUCAAUGACAUUCUGCAGUACCAAUAUCACUCGAGAGCAAGAGAAUCUCGAGACUACAACUUGCUUAUGGACAAUAACACUUACAUACUGAGGUGGUCUUUCAUUCAAAUAAUAGCAAUAGCAGCGACAGGUACACUGCAAGUGUAUUUUGUAAGAAAACUCUUUGAAGUUAAGGACAACUCGUCAAAAACAAGAAUUUGAUUCUCCAACAGGCACAAAAGUACACAUUGUUAACUUAUGACUGAAUUACUCAUUCCCUCGUUUAUUGUUUUACUGUCUUUAUUUUAUUUUAUUUGAUCUCUAUUUUUUUAAUUCACAUGAUUAUUUUGAAUGUAUCAGCAUGACCUUAUUCUUGAAUAUGUGUUUACAUAAUACAUAGAUCAACAAGUUGUGUCAGCUCUUUAGAAUUGGUUCCUUUUAUAUUUUUUAAAUUUAACUAGUCUCUGAGCUCAAAAAUUUAGUAUUAAUUAACUAUGUAUUAUGAAUUGUAUGUUCCCAGUAAAAGCAUUAAUUGCAGUGAGAUGUUAUUACCUCUAGAAGCUAUCUUGGGCCUGAGUUUACAUUAAACAGCUUCAAACUACAAGAGGGGUCUGUUAGGCUUAUCAGCUAGCAUUUGAAAAUAAAUUGAUAUUUACUAUCUCAAUCAGUCUCACACUGAUUAAAGCUCAUCAGCAAACAUUGGGCAAUAAAAUUAUGUUUGCUAUCUCAUUCAAAGUCUCAGACAUUAUUUUAAAGCGUGUUCUCUUCAUAUACCUAAUUAGUAAUGCAAACAGAAUUUUCAGUUAGGUAGAUAGAUAGCAGUCCUACAAAUUUAUUUAAAAUAUAUAGUUUGUUUUCACAAGCUAAGCUAAACUCAUUGCUAGAUUACAUAUAGCUGAAAACAGCUGUUUGUAAUAGACAUUUCCUUUAUGUAUUUCUCUAGAUGUAAUUACCUAUCACGGUUUAAUCCUUUAUUUUGGGAACAAAAUCGAAAUUGAAACAGAUUUGUUGGUUUAAAUUCAAAGGUAAAGGCAUGCUGGUAUAAAAAAGGAAUCCUGUACAUUUUUUUAUACUUUUCUACUUAAAUAUUAAUAUUAAGUCAUGCUUAGCAUAUCUAAUUUAAUAUUUCCGCUGUUUAGUUAUAAUCACCUAAUAGUAUUGUGUUCAUAAAAUUUUGCUACAUUUUUAUGUUUUUGAUAUUUGUUUUUAGUUGUAUUUUAAUUAGCUGUUGUAACAUUAUUCCAGAAAUUAUUAAUUGUAAUUUAUAAUUAUUUUUUCUAUUGAAUUUAAGUAUAAGGAUAAAGAGAUUAUAUUCCAUAGUUUUAUACAAUUAUUAAAAUAAAAUUGCCUUAGGAUGACGAUGAAAUAUUAAAGUGAUUAAUCAAAAAAAUAUCUAUUUUUAUUAUAAAAUACAAUUUUUUUUAUAAAAUAAAACAGUGUUAUAAGUUAUGUUUAAUCUAACAGUGAAAAUUGCAUGAAAAUCGGUUAUUUUGCUUUGCUGAUUGAUGAUUUGCAAUGCUGAUAAGCUGUGACGUUUAUAAUAGAUUAAACAUGUACAUACUA